GCGCAAGUGGUAGAAGGGUGUCGGUUCGGUCUGUGCAGCUGCAGAUCUGUUUCAAAUCAUUUUAAUCGAUUUUCCUGCAACGAAAAUCGAAAUCCCAGUCGCGAGCAGUGAACACUGUCACUGAUUAAGUUCAAGUCGUGGUUUUUAGUUGGAUGAUUCAUUUUAUCGAGAAAGGUUGUCUAUAAGAUCGUGCGUGCCAUAACCUCGGUUGGCUUGACAAACAAUCUAGAAAUUCGAGAUUAGGUAGACGAGGAAAAAUUCGCCGAUAUGGUGAAAAUAGCAUUGCAAAUAACAGCCGCGUUGGAACAUGUAGAAGAAUUUAAACCGUCCGGGCCAGAAUUUAGAUGGUAUCUGACGUUCACUUGCAACAACUGCGGCGAAGGGACGAAAAAGUGGAAUUAUGUGUCUCUGAAUGAGUCGACGCCAGCUCAAAGGGGGAACGCGGUAAAUCAUUUCGUUAACAAGUGCAAACUUUGUGCUCGUGAGAAUUCCAUGACCAUCCUGGAAGAUUCGAUAAAGCCGUACGUAGCGGACGAUGAAGGCAAGUUUCAGACGAUAGCAGUAUUUGAUUGUCGAGGCCUCGAGCCCAACGACUUUUGGGCGAAAGAAGGAUGGAUCGUAAAAACUGCAGACAAUGGGACAAAGUUCACGGACGUAGAUUUAAGCGAAGGGACGUGGGCCGAUUACUGUGAAAAGAUCAAAGAACCUGUAGAAAUUACCGAUGUCAAACACAGAUUCGAGAGGGUUAAGUGACUGGUUCCACGUGAGUGCUCAAGAUGUCAAAAUCGACUGCUGCCAAAAAAACAAACCGAGUUUGGACUGAAUGUUUCGGACAUUAUAGCUACAAAGUCUCUACGUUUGUUCUCUCGUCAGUUUCUUCGUACUCAUCAUUUCUGGGUUGUUAUUCUGUCUUUUAUUUCGUUGAUAUAGACUGUGUGUAGAGAAAUUUGAAUUUAUCGAUUAAAAACAUUUAAUCUUCGAUAUAGUUUACAGAAUGCUGUAAACAGGGAAAUUAAAUAAAGUUGCAUUAUUUUCGUCUCUUUAUAA